AUGGACGAGAUAUUUCGCACUCAAAGCUUCACCUCGUCAGACCUCAACACCUCCAAGAUGGAGAUGAGCAGUAUUAUGUCGCCGCCGCCUCGAGACGACUCUGUCCAAGCCAUACAAGCAGAGGAAAAGGUGCAGCAGGUGAGUGAGUAUCCUGACGGCGGGCCGACGGCCUGGCUCGCUGUCGCUGGCGGAACUGCUUGCUUGUUCGUGUCGUUCGGAUGGGUCAACGUCAUUGGCGUCUUCCAGGAGUACUACCAGUCCAACCAGCUCCACGAUUACACGCCGUCUGAUAUCGCCUGGAUACCUUCACUCCAGAUUUUCUUCAUGUUCGCUGGCGGCAUCUUCGCCGGCAAGGUCUUCGACGACUUUGGCCCCCGAUACCUGCUCAUCACCGGCACAUUUUUGCAUGUGUUCGGCUUGAUGAUGACCAGCAUCUCCAAGACGUACUAUCAAAUCCUGUUGAGCCAAGCAGUCUGCUCCGCCAUCGGCUCCUCGCUCGUUUUCAGUCCUGCGUUUUCAAGUGUAUCUACAUGGUUUCUAGAGAAGCGCGGUGCCGCACUCGGUGUCGUUGCCGCUGGCUCAUCCCUCGGCGGUCUCAUCUUCCCAGUCCUCAUCAUCAAUCUACUCCCUCGAGUCGGCUUCGGGUGGACCCUUCGCUGCUGUGCCUUCCUGAUCCUGGCGCUUUUGCUGUUUGCAAACUUUGCUCUCACAAGUCGUAUCAAGCCUCAGAAACGCCCACUGGUAUUUGUGGCAUUCGUCCGGCCCAUCCGAGAGCCGGCCUUUGCCUUAUGGACUGUCGCAGUCUUUUUCUUCUACUGGGGCAUGUUCAUUCCUUUCACAUUCAUCGUCGCCCAUGCAACUGUGCACGGCAUGUCGCCUCAUCUCGCCCAAUACCUUGUCUGCAUCCUGAACGCUACGAGCCUUUUCGGGCGCACCGUGCCCAAUGCAAUUGCUGACAAAGUCGGACACUUCAACGUAAUGAUCGUCAUGAGCGCCUUGACGUCGAUCCUGAUCCUCGGCCUUUGGCUCCCCUCGACUGGCAACGCACCCAUCAUCCUGUUCGCAGCGCUCUUUGGCGUGUCCUCGGGCGCUGGCAUCAGUCUCACGCCCGCCCUCUGUGCCAAGCUCUCGCCCAUUCAAGACAUUGGUGUCCGCACCGGCACAGUCUUUACAAUCUCGGCAUUUGCCGGGUUGACUGGGUCCCCCAUCGGCGGUGCCAUCAUUUCAAGUAGCGUAGGGUCCUUCACCAAUGCUAUCGCCUUUGGUGGCGCAGCUUGCGCAAUUGGGACGAUGCUUUUCGUGGCUACCCGGAUUGCCCUUGUCGGCUGGAGGCCGGCAAUGAUUUGAGGUGUUGGCAAGAGAGACACCUGUUGCGAAG